AUGCCCGCGAUGGAGCCGGCCAGCCUGCUGCGGUUCCUGCGGAAGCUCAAGGAGGUUUUCGAUGUGUGCGAUGAGGAUGCGGACGGGUUCAUCCGAGUGGAGCACUUCGUCGCCCUGGGGCUGCAGUUCGGCCAGGGGGAUGAGGUGGAAAAACUGGCAAAGUACUUGGACCCGAAUGAUUUGGGAAGAAUCAAUUUUAAGGACUUCUGUCACGGAGUUUUUGCUAUCAAAGGCUGUGAAGAGUUACUAAAAGAUGUCCUGUCUCCUGAAAACUCUGAGCCCCAGCACUACCAGCCACAAUAUGUUGAUUACUAUUACCAGGGCGGUGAAAUCCAGGACUGUGCCUACCUGGACAGCGAAAGCACCUACAGCGAGUCGGAGCUGUUUCCUGAUGAGGACGCGAUGACUCUGGCACAGCAGGAGGUUCACCAUGAGUCUGACAUGGAUAGUGCCAUUGAGAGCGCCCAGAGCUCCGAGGCCUCGGACGUCUGUCGCAGCGAGGACAAGGACGGCGUGCUCGGUGGCCUCUUCCUGCCCGGUGACAAGUCAAGUCCUCACAACCCUUCUGCAGCAUCUGACCUCUCCACUUAUUCCACCGCCUCCCUGAUCAGUAAUGAAGAACAGUUUGAAGACUAUGGGGAAGGAGAUGAUGUCGAUUUUACUCCCAGUAGCCCAUGUCCUGAUGAUGAGACCAGAACCAACGCCUACUCUGACCUUGGCUCAUCUGUAUCUUCCAGUGCUGGCCAAACCCCCCGAAAAAUGAGACAUGUUUAUAACAGCGAGUUACUGGAUGUUUACUGCUCACAGUGCUGCAAAAAGAUAAAUCUCCUCAACGAUUUGGAAGCCAGGCUGAAAAACUUGAAAGCAAACAGCCCUAACAGGAAAAUAUCAAGCACAGCUUUUGGAAGACAACUCUUCCACAACAGUAACUUCAGCAGCAGUAAUGGCAGCACAGAAGACUUGUUCAGAGACAGUAUAGACUCCUGUGAUAAUGAUAUCACUGAAAAGGUAACGUACCUAGAGAAGAAGGUGACAGAACUGGAGAACGAUAGCCUGACAAAUGGUGACCUGAAGAGCAAACUGAAACAAGAGAACACACAGCUGGUUCACAGAGUUCAUGAGCUAGAGGAAUUACUGAAAGACCAAGAAACUUCAGCAGAACAGACUCUGGAAGAAGAGAUAAAGAGACAUAGAGAAGCUUACAGCAAGUAUGAAAAAGAGAAAGGCACUGAAAUUGAACUGCUAAAUACAAGGGUUCAGCAACUGGAAGAAGAAAAUGGUGAUCUGAAAAGCACUGUCACACGGCUGAAAUCCCAAACAGAGAGAUUGGAUGAGGAGAGGCAGCGCAUGUCAGAUAGACUGGAGGACACAAGUCUGCGACUGAAGGAUGAGAUGGAUUUGUACAAGAGGAUGAUGGACAAGCUGCGGCAGAACAGGCUGGAAUUCAACAAGGAGAGGGAAGCCACACAGGAGCUCAUCGAAGACCUGCGGAAGGAGCUGGAGCACCUGCAGCUCUACAAGCUGGAAUGUGAACGUCCUGGACGCGGGAGAAGCUCUUCCUCCAGCCUGAGUGAAUUCAAUGCCAAAACCAGAGAGGUGGAAAUGGAGCAUGAAAUAAAACGGCUGAAGCAGGAGAAUCAGAAACUUCGUGACCAAAAUGAUGAUCUUAAUGGACAGAUUCUAAGCCUCAGUCUUUAUGAAGCUAAAAAUCUCUUUGCAACGCAAACAAAAGCCCAGUCACUGGCUGCUGAAAUCGAUUCUGCAUCGAGAGAUGAGCUCAUGGAAGCCCUCAAAGAACAGGAAGAGAUAAAUUACAGAUUGCGACAGUAUAUGGACAAGAUAAUUUUGGCAAUCCUGGACCACAAUCCAUCUAUCUUGGAAAUAAAGAAUUGAAGAGAAUAUGAGAAGGAAAAGCAGCAACUGCCUGAUAUUUCUGCACAUGCCACUGGAUCUGAGCAGCACUCUGAUACUGUAAAUGAAUCUAUAAAUUAUAUAAUACACACUAGGUGUGAGUGUGGGUGCACGGGUGUGUUUAUAUGAUGUUUGGUACACUGUUAUUUGUCAUUGAAUUGGCUUGGUUAGACUUUUUCCAUGCACUUUCAAUACCUGUGAUGAGAUGGAUACUGUAUAUUAAUGUAAUAACAAUAUAACUGGAUCAUGCUGUUUUAGAUACUGGACAAAAUGACUCUACCUCUAGUUGUAAAGGUAAAAAUAGACAAUGGAAACAUAUGGAUGUGGCCCUAACUUUAGGAGCAAGAAUGUUUUUCUUUGUUCUUCCCAGAAUUUGGGUACCACCAGCCAAUUGACAUACCCAGGUUCAGUUCCUGACUGGUGCUGACUGUGUAAUUUCCUAUUUGAUUUAGUUUUAGUACUUAAACCACACAUCAGAUUAAAAAAAAACCAAACAAAAACACAACAAAAACCCACAAAAUUUGGGAAAAGACACAAAGUAAAUGGGAAGGAAAGGAAGAUACUGCAGAGUUUUUGCUGCUUAUGAAAAAUCACCAUCCAUUUGUUUGCCACUGUCAACACAAAGUGUUUUUCAUGUAAGAUCACUUUGGAGCCUGCUUUCAGAUGCUCUGAGCCUGCUCUCUAUCUAGUGUGUGUGCAUGUGUGUUUUUUUAUGCCAGGGUUCCUGUAGCAUUGAGGCAAAGAGGUUUCAAAUCUGUUCCCCUAUUUUCAGGGGUAUAUUAUGGGCCAUUAAGAUGAAUUCUGGGAUUCUUCCCCUUCCCCUCACCCUGAUUUUAAAGAUUUCACUGAAGGAACACAUUCCAGUUCUUAAAAAAAAAAAAAAAAGAAAAAAGAAACAGAACAAAAAAUAUUUGCAUGAAAUAUCUCACCUUAGGGGGAGGAGGAGGACCAGCCCUCGACAUGACGUGCUGAGUUGCUUUCCCACCCCAGACAGCUGCACUCCUUUGAGAAUGGCAUUUUCUGGGUAGGCUGUGCAGAGGAACAGCUGGUUCCUGGCGCAGCAGUGGAGGACAGUCUGAUACAGAGUGGCUUCUACCUAUGGGGCAGGAAAAAGAAAAAGCUUCAUCUUGCAGGAGUUGCCAGUCCAGACUGAGCACACACGUGCAUAUCCAAAGCUCUGAGUAGGGAGCACAUCCCAAUUUAGAUGAGCAGUUGUGCAGGUGCUUAACUUUAAGCGUGUGCUGCAUCUGCUCAUGGAUGUCAGUGGGACAGAACAUUAAGCUUUAAAGCUGAGCCUAUGCUUAAAUGCUGCCUUAAAUAGGGGUGACUUCAACAUGUGCCUGUGUUCUCCAGAGCUGGAUCUAUACUGUAGGGCUAGGAUGUUUUUAAUUAAUAAUGUAGCUUAUAUAAGGAGCUUAUGGAAUUGUUUGGAUAGUUGAAUGCUAAAAGUAAAUUUUAUUCCAUGCACUUUUUUUAAAAGUAAAAAUUUCACACUUUUGAUUCACACCAACUGGCACAGAAAAAUCAGCCGGAGUAUCUGGCUUUCCCCAGUGCAUAGAGAUGUUUCCUCUAUUGAAUACACUUCCCAGAAGAAUGUUACAGUAGCAAUGACUGUGCUUUUCUGUGUAUUUCUUGCUGUUGGCAGUGUCUUGCCCCUAGUAUUCUCUUGAUGUAUCUCGGUAUGUAUAUGUGAUGCAUUUUUCCUGAAUUUGAAUACAUAAAACUGUAUUCAUUUAGGGAUGUAAAUAUAUAUUUUUUUUCUGCAAUCUCUGUGCUCUUGCCUUCAGUGAUGUGUUACUGGAGUGAUGGGAAGCAGGGGAUGUACUGAAGUCAGGCUUUCUUGAAGGCAAGAAAAUAAAACCAGUUUGUUUCUAUGUAUCUGCAUAGGCAGGUGUAAAGUAAGUGGAAAGAGAGAGGAACCAGAGGAAUGACUGAGGGACACAACACCCCGGUGCACAAAGGUUGCAGUGCUCUGGGAGAAAUGGGACGCUCUGGUUCAAACAGUCAUGUCACAGGGCUGGCUUCCUGAGGCUCUGGAGUAAUCUGGAGGAUUUAAAGACCACUCCUUUGCCACCUGGGAAUGGUGUAGGAUGCAACACUGCAGCAGCUUCUGCUUGUUUAGAAAGUAGGUGGAACCCCAUGGAAACCCCACACAUCCACCUUUCCCACCUGCUGCUGCUUCUGGAUGUGCUGCCCAGAAGGUGGGAGAGAAACAGUUCAGCGAGCUCGGUGCUUCCUGCCUGCAGGACUCCUCACUUGCACUUUAGUGAUGGCAUUUCCCUUUGCCUGGUGCUGUUUGUGGGUAGUGCCAGAGACUUUAUUCUUUUUGCAGGCCACAGAGAACUCUUCUACACUGUCAGGAGGCUGUUGCAAACCUGUUGUGACCAGCAGGGCUGGGUGACACAGCAGCCCUGCUUCUGGAGCUGACUGUGUUGCACUGCUGUCCUGCUCUCAGGCAGUGGAUUUCAGUUAGAGUGAAGCUGUUGCAUCUGAGGCUGGUGACUGAAUGUUUUCCCCUAAUUAUUUUUAAGUAAACUGGACUCGGCUUCAAAAUUUCUAUGAUCUAAAGCCCAUUCCCAUUAGGCUGGAACAUCAGCAAAUGUUGAGGACUGUUGCACUGGAAGCAAAGCUUGUAGACUUGAACAGAAGACGUUACUAUAAUGAGAGCCAAGUUUUUUGCAAUUUCUGUGAUUAUUAUAUGUAGGAGGUGAACAGUCACUAGUAGUGACAUGUAGUCACCGAAUCUGGCUGAUAUCCCAAAAGGAAUGUUCUAGCCAAGGUUACUCAGCAGUGGAAAUGUCUUAAAACUUGCAGGACUUCUUGUUCAGCUCUGUACCCAGUUGUGUGAGUAUUUAGAAACUCUUCCUUGCUCCAGUGUUUGCAUUUGAAGAGAUGUCUUACCACCAUGUUGGUGGUGUUUGUAGCUGUGUUUUAUUGUGUAAAGGAGGUGUCCUUCUGCUCCUGUGGGGCCCUUGGUGUGAUACUGCCAUCUGUUACUGUGGAAGUCAUAUCCAGAUAAUUACUGUGUUUGACAAAUAAUGUGAGUUGGAGGUGGGAGAGGCAUUUCACUGGCAGAUAUAUUUUCCUCUAAGGUAUCCACCUCUAAAAAUACUAAUUAGCAAUUGCAUUCUUAGACUGAGUAACUGCAGAUAUUAGACCAACUCAUCUUGCAACUCAAGCCCUGGAGAACCCUUUUAUCCCAGAAAAGAAGUCUGUGUUUUAUGACAUACAGGUAAUUUGGUAAUAAAGGAUCACUUGAUGGCUCACUGGGGCAGGGAGAAGAGUAAUCUGAUAGCAGUGUUGCAGAGAGUGCAUAUUUUGAUCAAGUGUCAGGCACUGGCAGAACAGACAGGAGAUAGUGUCUCCCCAUUUGCAACAACUUUGCUGUCUGUUCUCUGAUAAAUUUCUUACUUCUUUGCUGUGGACAUCCUUUGUGCUCUCAGGCUGGCCAGGAAAGUACAGCCUGCCUCUGUCAGUGUUACUGUUGGUGGAACAAGGGCCUCCCUUCCCUGGGUAGAUCACUUCAGACACAGAAAUGGGGUAUCAUCUCCUUCUAGCAAUACACAGAUGCAGUAAACACUCCAGUGUCAAACCCAAGGUUAUAUUUAACCUUUGGGAAAGCACACAGUCCCAGUUACUGUCUCCUGAUCUGUUCCUUGGUUCAUUUGACCUUAGAUUCUGAAAAGCUAAAUGAUAUUCUGGUCAAACCUGUUGCAAACCACUACAGGUAUUUCUGGACAGUGGAAAAAAAAAAAGACUGGCUUUUGGCUAGAAGCUGCCCUUGGUCAGGCUAAUUCUACACAAGGUUCUGCAGAAAAAUAACCUCUUUCAAAACUUGCACUUAAAGAGUACCUGAAAUGUAGUCUCUCACAAUUUUUCUGGUAUUGGCUGCUUCCCUCCAGACUUCAGUCUUCAGCUGCUGCCUAGUUUUCAUUUCAGAAUGAUGCUGAUUCAAAACCGCUUUGAUAUCAAAAGACGAUUUUUCAGCUUUUUGAAUGGCUUCUAUUUAAGACUGAAGCUGUUAAAGAAUUUUUCUUUAAGUGCAACAUUGAUGAACUGUAACUAUCCCAUCUAUUUUUAAGGAAUUUUAAAUAUGCAAAUAUGUAGGAAGUUUCAAAGAAACCCAGCAUCCAACAGAACUUUUGUUGCCAACUUUCCUUUCACGGUCUUUGGGAAAAAUUCAGAUAGUUCUCAGCCAGCUCUGUAGGGAGUUGAGCACAGCAUUAUUAAUUCUCAAAGAUGUGUAUCAACAAAUAUUUUGCUGUCUGAGUGCAGCAAUGCUCCAUUUACUUUGGUAGGACUGCAUUGCUCUCCAGAGAGGAUCUAGACCGACAGUAUUUAGGCUCCCUAAUCUGGCUUGUAAAUGAGGGCUUGGAAGCUGAUAUAUAAACACACACUGCGGGCUGCUACAUGAGGCACUGCUCACUGCUCUGUGCAGCAUAGUGCCCGUGACAUGCGAUGAGUCUAAGAACUAGAAUUUACAAAUAAAAGAAUGGGUUUUUUACAUUCUUUAAUGGUAGUGAAUAUGCAGUGGUUUUCUCUUAAAACAAAUACUGUAUGGUGUGGUCUGAGGGAUUUUUUUCCAAGGAAGGAAGGAAGUAGCAGCUGAUCAAACACUUGCCAAAUCAGUGGCUUGGCUUAUACUGAUUUAAGUGAAAACUUGACUCAGACUUUAACUGAGCAGCUCCUACUGUAAGCAGCAAUGCUCAUAUUCUUGUCAUUUGUUACUCAAGAAACAUUGUCAAGAAGUCAUGACUCGUUGGUUUUAGACGACAUAAUACGACAGGUCUGACAUUUUGUUCCUUUGCAUCUCAGUAUUUUUGAAUUCAAAAUAAUGAUCCUAGGAGCAGUUUGCUGUUUAGUCAUGCAUGGGUUUCUAGUUAAUGAAGCUCUGCAUGUAGCUUUAGAGUUUGAUGAAGAUUGCAGUCAGUGCUGGGUCUGAAUCCUGUCAUUCUGCAUAAUGCACUGGGAGUUGGUCUGGUGUGCAAGAGAGUUGUUUCUUUCUGGCGCCUCAGCAUUCUGUUGACAUUUACAUUCUUGGUCUUGUCCCCAGCCACCAUUAGGUGUCUGUGUGCCUUGGGGCAGCACUUUGAGCAGAUGGGAGGGACAAAUUCAAUAUUCUUGGCUUCAGUGUGACCUUAGCUACCAAGGCAGAAUUUCAGUCCUGUCUUUAUACCAGGCCAGUCCUGUCCUUGCCUUUUUUGUGGUUGUGUCUCAUGUACGUGACAAAACGUCGUAUCUGGUUCUCAUGGCAUACAAGCAGGUACUGUGAGUAAAGCUGAAGGUGAUCCAGGUGAGGGAUCCCUGGGAUGUGUCUGUUCUGUGCAGGUGUCCCACUGCACGCUCUGCUGACACUCUGCGGGCUCAGGGCUGCAGCUCAGCGUGGCCAGCACGUCGCAGAGGGCACAGCACAGCCCGUGGGGAUCCGCAGGCACGGUCUGCAGGCAGGGCCACGCUGCCGCAGCUUGCCACAGCGUGGAGCCAGCUGACGGUCCCGGUGCUCUCGGCACCUGCGCUUCAGCUUGCUGGCUUCAGUCUGGGGCUUUCCUUCGGCUGCAAGAGUAGUACCUGCUCAAACAUACUGUUAGACAGAUUCGUUUUUACUUAAACUUUAAACCUGGUGAAAACAUUAACAAACACGGGCUUCUGCAGUGUAAUUUGGACACCUUAGCCCUGGAAUGGAGGUGCUGUGACACCUGAGCUGUCAGCUUUGCUGUCACUGUUCUGGCACAGUGAUACCCUGGAAGCCCCUCGGAGCCCCCGGGAGGGGUGGCAGGUGACUGUUCUGGGGGACAUCUGUGCAGGGGCAAGGGGGCUGCAGACACCCCUCCUCCCAGCGGUGAACUCACACUCCCCAGCAUCAGCCCUGAUUUAUUUACUACCUUAUCCAUAGCUAAAUUAUUCUGACUUUGGAGAAAGGACAUCAGAAGGAGAACCAAGAAUUUAGUAUCCUGUGAAUACUUCAGUACACUACAGGGCAGUAAAUGUUGCACUGAUAUAUAUUUAAAUGCUGAGACAUUUUGAGAAUUACUGUAAAAUCAGUUGUGAGAGCCAUUUGUUUUUCUCUGUUGCACAGACUAGUCACUUUUUUGCAUGGUUACAUAUUUUAGUACUUGUGCCUUUUACUUCUCUGUUGUGAGGAUACAUUUUAUUUUCACAUUUUAUCAUCUGGUUUUGGACACUUUUUAUAUACACUUCUUUAAUCAUCUGGUUUCUUGUAAUGUACAUGUGUAUAUAUAAAAUAGAUCAGAUUUGUAUUCAUGUGCCUCUGAGAUGUAAAAAAUAUUCAUUUUGUACAGGUUUUUUUAGAAGCACUAGGUCAUGGUCUAAACUACGUAGCAAAUGAAAUUUAACAUAAUUAGCAGUUCUUUGUCUUCUUUUAGGAAUGUUGUGUCAGAUGGUUGGUCUCUUGUAAGGCAAUGUCACACACACUCUGCAGAUUUAUUGUUUUAGUAUUGUUUUGAGACCAAUUCUAUCCACUUGUUGGCUUAAGUUAAUUCAAAAUAAUAAAACACUUAAUUAAAUGUUACAGUUCUGACUUGGUGAUUAUAGUUUUUAUUUCCAUUAAAGCAAAUUUGCUUCCUUUUAUACUUGAAAUGGGCACCAGACCAAAACCUCAUUUGAACACAUUGCCCAUUUCAGGUUAAUUUCUGUUCUGGGAUUAUUUUUGUGGGAUCAGGCAGGUGAUUUACUUUGACCGUUGAAAUGGAAAAAGAAAUAGCAUUACCAAUUGAUAGACUCUCCAUCUUAGAGUGCCUAAAAUGCUUUAGUUACUCCUUGUCUUCCCUGCCUGGCUUCUGUGGCAGUGUUUCCUAAGGACAGACCUGGGUCUGCAUUCCUCUUGCGGAUGUGAGAGAUUGGGUGUCUUGCUCUUCACAUUUUGGCAGAUGCUGAACAAACUCUUUCCCUUGGGGUUUGUAGCACAGCACUCUCCCACAGCAUUUGGGAAGCUGUGCAGAUGCUUUGUGAGCCUGAACAUCUGUAAGUGGCAGCGAGAGCCCUGGUGCUAGAAGUGUCCUUCCCUCCUUCCAACCUCUUCUCAAGCUGGUGGUUUCAUUUCUGGAGUGUUGACCCUGCUCAUGUGAUGAGAUCCUACAAUUGUUCCCUCUCUCACACCUUGUUUAUCAAUACCCCACUCACCAGCCCCCAGAGAGUGAGAUAAUAAACUGUGGUAAGUCUCAAGGAAAAAAUCAUCAAUAUCCCCUAAAUCUUUCAAAAACCAAAGUUUUUAUCUAUAAAAGAAUAUGUUCCACUCUCACAGAGCAGAAAUUUUUUGACUGAAUUUGACACCCAUUUCACAGAAUAGGAAGCUGCCUUAGAAGCCAGGAGUGGUUUUAUUUUUUAUUUCAAAGGCUGCUUGGUAUGAAAAUGAGCAAAGUUCUCUUGCUCCAUUGUUACUGAAAAAAAAGCAGCCAGCAGAAGUGGCAUAUGACUAUUUUAAAUCUCAUUCUGUAAUUUAUAACAUCAGUGAAGUGAUGUCAGUACUGUUGCAAUGUGCCAUUACACUAUUUUCUCUGUAUUUUCUUGAAAUACUUUUUGGGGACAAUAAAGCUGUCCUUGCUGAUGUGAAUCCUUCAGGUAGCUGUAAUGUACAAUCAGAUAUGUAAAUAAAUUAUUUGCUUUCCCUGCA